CCGCAUGAUUCCGAUUAUCUCUCGAUUAAUUUUUGACUUGUUCCCCACCACCGCUAGUUCUCAACUGUCCAUCGCACCCGAUUCGUUCUGUAUUCUUCCUUCUGCUACGUAUCCUUUCCGAACCAAUAAACUAGUACUAGUGGCCUCUUGAUUUCCGAACUGUCGAAUUAAGGAGACGCAAAACUUUCGACUCAUGGACGAACUUUUGCAUCACUGUCUCCGUGAACUAGCCUUCGAUGGUGACCUUGGCUGCGACGUCUCUCGGCUCUCAGAUUUUAUCAAGGACUUUUACUCCCAUUCUGGUUCGGAUCAGAAAGUCGACGAUGCAUUCUGUGCUUUUGUAUGGUCACUUGUCGUCCAGCAACCAACAGUUCUGGUCGGCACUCUUCCGCCUACUAUCACAUCCGAAGUCUGGAUCGCACCCCAAGUUAGUGCGAAGAGGAAGGCCAAUGCCAAAGGGGAAGAACACAUACUCACCGAGCCCCUCGUCUUAAACCUUCUCCCUGAUGCGAAAUCAAGACCUUUGGCACAGUUGCAGAGAGAAUAUGGAAGUACCUUAAGAAUAGCCGCGGAUCGCGAUUCAAUUUAUGCUGCGAUCACUGGCACCCAUAUCAGGUUUUCGAAAAUGAGUCCUAUGGUUUAUAGUGCACUCCAAAUCAUUACUCGAGGCAGAGUCGACGGUGUUACGGUUGUACAACUCGGGCAAAGGACCAAAUAUGACCAAAAGACUUGCUUCUAUCUGGUCAAGCAGCUCACUGAUCUGAACCUUGUAGUCAAGGUCAGACGAGGUGGUGUAGGAACACACUUUGUCAUUCAUCGUUAUUUCUUCGACCGGAGUCCUUCGUGGAAGGCCAUUCGAGAUGAGGAAGUUCGAGCUGAAGUUAUAUCUCGGAACACAGACGUGUCGACUGUUGAAGGACAAGAAGACGAGGAGACUACGGAUGUUUCCCCCCUAGGUUUUACUCCUAUCGAUUCUCGACAUCUUUCCAGUCUCCCUCUAGUUCGCGGACGAAUUGUGAAGCUUUUGAAGGCUUCCACAAAUAACAUGCAUGUGUCAAACAAUAUGAUAGUCAUUCUCGGCUUUGCGCACCCCACCAAAACCGAUCGACGCUUUUUCCACAGGCGAGUGCAAGAGUUGAUUCAGCAAGGUGUUGUAGAAAAAGUACUUGUCCCAAGCAAGAAGAAAAAGACGAAAGUAGCAAGCGUGUUGUGUCUUCGCUUGGUGAACGAGAAUGCAGGAGGAGACGAGAUAGUCGUCGUACCCCAAACGGAAGGUGACGAGGAUCAAAUUGAGGAUGAUCAUGUUCAAGGAGGAUUCAAGCUCAAUGUUUCUGUGCACAAGCAAAUCAGCGAUAUGCUGGAGGAGGCUGGAACUACGGGAAUGACUCUAACCGAACUAAGCACCUCGUUAUGCCAGUUCGAUCGAAGAACUAUCGAACUGAUCCUCACCCGCGCCGAACGCUUCCAGCCCCCGCCGCACCUCGGCGAUCUGGGUGUCGCAGCUCUACUCGAAACUAGCGGCAGAGAAAGACGCCACCGAUACUUUACUAUCUCAGCCUAUCGUACUCUCGUCGAAAGAGAAAAUCUUGAUAAGUCCACUGCUGGAUAUAGUGACGUCGAUCUCAGCAACGUCGGUGGGUUCCUGAGUGUCGAUCCGGGAGGAUUUUAUCGAGACGAUGAAGAGUUACAUCAAUAUCAGGAUUCUUUCAAGGAUGAUGACUCGAUAAAGCUGGCGAAAGUUAGUAAAAAGUCGGCCGAGAGUAGUGUCGCGGGCAGAAAGGGACUAAAGCAAAAGUUGCCAGUUAAUGCGGAGGCUGAAGAUAAUGGGAUUGAUCCUCAGAGCUCGGCCAAACCAUCUCGUCGUGGAAAGCGAAAGGCGGCUGGGACUGCUUCUGCGAAUCAGGAAGACUCUAUCGAACCGAGGCCACAAAAGAAGCGAAAAAUCGAGAACGCUGAAAAUGUUGAAGCUGAAACUCAGAUUGGGGCUAUAGUCGAACCUCCUGUACCGAAAAAACGCGGUCGCCCAAGAAAAACCGUUGAUAAUUCGACUGCACCUGCGCCUAAAAAACGUGGACGACCACCAAAGGUGAGAGCCAAGUCAAACGGAGGGGAAGACGAGCCAGACGCUGGAGAGAAAUCAGACGACACAGAGACAGCUCCGCCGAAGAAACGGGGGCGGAAGUCGAACAACUACGCGGCGAAUGUAGAUGAUGACGAUACUGAUAAGGCUAAUAGAAGAUCGACACGUAAGAGUGUGGAAGGAGAGGAGGAGCAAGAGCGGCAAGGAGAUGUUCAAAUGGUGGAUGAGCCGCAAUUACAUGGGGACAAUUUGCAGGCAGAUAAUCCGCAGAAGGGCAAUCAUCUGGAAGUGGAAGGCGACCCAGAUAUUUCCCGGUCAAGGCAAUCCGGAGUUAUGUCCACUCAACUCGCUUAUUUCGACGGGGAUGUCGAUAUGGUUGUUCAGCCUGUAAACAUUCGAAAUGAUCAGAGAUUGCCCGACGAUGGAAACCUCACUCAAGCAGAUCCUUCAGAUACCCGUGACGGUUUGUCAAUCACGCAAGCAUCACAGGAGCCGCUUGGUCUACACGAAAACUCCGAAUCGGUCUACAUCUCUACUGAUCCGCAACAAGCCCCAUCCUUGACUAAGCCAUCAGGGCAGCUUAGACCGAAGGUCAACGUAUCUAACUUGCGACGUGAAAAUGAAUUGUUACGCGUCGUAGAACUCCUGGGAGGGAUUGUCAACAUUCAAACGAGGGAGCUGUACGAAACUCACCUUACUUUGUUGGAUACCCUUGCAAAAGCCGGAGAACCUGCCAGCUCUCCACCUGGUAUCAGAACAGACAAGCGGACCGUUACGGCUACGUUCAAUGCUUUGGAAAGUCGUGGAAAGGUCAAGCAGCUAACUACAUUAGUUCCUUUGUAUCUUGGCACCAGUCGACAAACCGUCGUCGUAUACUUGCCUCAUGUUUCAGACACCCAGCUCGGCACGUUUCUCUCUGAGUUGGCUCAGGGUGUAGGUCCACCUCCGGUACCUCAGCCUUCUGGGAGGAUCAUUGAUGAAGCGGUCGAGUAUGGUCAGGAGAAGAAAUCAACAGUUCGAAAGCACGUCCCAGUUAAGGAACUUGAAAAGGUCGGAAUCAGUGGACCAGACCGAUGGCUAAAGAAUGUAGAACGGGCCGAACAGCUUUUCUCCCAAGACGAAAGCUUCAUUCGGGACAUACUUCUUACUGAGCGGAGCACUCUAUGUCAAGCCUAUCGCUCAAUCAUUGCCAAAUGUGUUCGAGCACGAGAAUUGCAUCUGAUCUGUAUGCAUGCUUUCGAAACAUCACAUGCUUCUCCCCAAAUCAUCUCGCAUCAACAAAAGGUUAUGCAUUUGUCUUUCCUCUCUUUGGAUCUUCCCUUGGAACAAUACUGCAAAUUGGUUUCUCCUAUACAUCAUUCCGAGGACCUGAGUCGCUUUAUGUCUACUGAAGCAGGUCUCAAUACCAUAGUCAGGGAUCUGCCAGAAGAUAUAAAGAAUAUAUUGCAGGUCGGUAAAAGUCGAGCGAUCUCUAAAUUACUGGAAGGUUUAGAAUUGCUGCGGAGUCUAGGUCUUGUCUCCCCCCUCAUUACCUCAACUUCCAAUACCCCGUUCCUCACUUGUGAAGCCAAGGGAAACCAUCCGACUACCUUUGAUGCUGCUGCGUUAGAUGGAUGGAAUUCUCAGACGUCAUUGUCUGCUCCAGUGUACUGGAAGUUUCAUGAUGCUGCGCCGGUUCACCAUUGGGCUCAGUCAGAGAUAAAUCCACCUUUCUUGCAGGAUGUGGAUGUUGGGUCUGUGUCGUUUGCCAUUGAUUACUGGGCCUUGCUUGAAAAUACUUGCUUGAAAAGGUCACUCGAGGCUCCUAGUCAGGGCGUGAGUCACCUUGCGCCUCUCAAUACCAGUAUUGCCACGGCUCGGACCCUCCGUCGCCCUAUUUCUUGGACCUCUAACUAUAAACUCUCUUGGCACCAAACACAAUACUUGAAACGGUUCUACAACAUUUCCUCUGGAAAAACACCGCUGGAAGCCGAAGAAAGUGAUGUUGAGAUCGAAAAAAUUUCUUGGGUUAUCAGCGCUCCUUCUGCUGCUGUCCGCGAUUACUACACAAAUAUACAAAGCAGACUGGCUAAAGAAGCAGAGAAAGUAAGGAAGCGACGUAAGCGCGAGGAAUUGGAGAAACAGGCGGCGAACAGUGCUAAAGCUCAAGCCUCACUCAAGAGAAAGGCUGAAGAGGCGCAUCUACACAGAGAAAUGGAAUGGACACAGUUACUUGAACGUGUUCAUCUCAAGCCCCUGAACAAAUCAGCCUCACUAAGAGUUAAACAUAUUCGGGAGAGAUUCUUGCAGUCUACGACUGUUCAGGAAAUCGAUAAGUGGGAGGCGGAGAUUACCAGCACCAUACGUGAAGCUGAAUUACUUUCCAAGAAGGUUCUGAAACCAAAAGCAAAAUCAAAGCCAUCAACCCCAGCGCCCGCUACAUCCCCGCCAAAUAUGAUAACGCCCAUUUCCACUAUCGUACCUCCUCUCGCCACAAAUCCUCACGAGCGAUCUGUGGUCGAACUCAUAUCCGAACAAGGACCCCCGCUCAGCCAGAUUCGGCCGCCCAAGAAACAAAAGAAGAAACGGAAGCAAGAUAACCAACCUGAGGAAAGCGACAACAAGCCUCGUAUUGUCAAUCGUCGACACCGAUUUGCGUGGAAUCGAGAGUUCGAGGAAUUGGCACGUGAUGCUGCCGCUAUUAUUAAAGCGCGAUGUCGUGAUGCUAUUCGGCUGGAUUGGGGUGCCUUCGAACAAGUUUUUCCUGCUGUACCAAGAAAUACCGUUCGCCAACGUGUUGCUCAUCUCCGGGAAGUAACAGGUGGCGACGCAUAUUUGAACCGCUUGGAAGAUAGCUGGUACGAUCUUUGGAAGCAGCAUCGUGGAUCUGAAUACCUACCGGAUGAAGAACCUACGAGCGCGACCAAUUUUAACCUCAUUAAACAUAUCGAAUUUCUCCGCAAACAUAUUGAUAAAAAUGCCUUACGAGUCGGGUAUAUGCCUGCUCAAAAGAUUGCUCAACCAACAAUUCCUAGCAAUGUGUCAACUUUACUUGAGCAAUUUGACGUCGUUGAGACACCGUCCAGUGCACCCUCCUGGGAUUUUGUUUGGAAUGCUCUAGUCGAAGAAGGUAGAGAGAAGGGAAUGUUGAGCCUACCGUUCACCAAUCAAGUGGAUGUUCUUCCUCUUCGGGACGAGUCUGUCAAUGAGGAGAUGUGUCUAGCCGAGUCAGCUCUCAAGAUGGUUCUGGGAACGCCUCAUGAAAUAUAUGAGUCUGAAGUGGCUUCAGCGUUGCUUAAUAGUGUAAAUGGGGAGAUUGUUCCUGUUGCAGCUCAAAAUCUCCUCGGACGUGGAGUCCUCUCGAAGCUCGUUCGAGAUCCUCAGAAAUCGCAACCCGGACGAUUACUGAAAAUUUCGGAAGUUAAUCAAAACGCACUCCAUGGAAUAAUACAUCGGGAUACUUUUCAGGAUGCCGCAUCGCUAGAAGAACUGUCAGCUCAACAAGAGAACGUCUGGCACGAGUGGCCAUUGCUUGCUACAGAUGGGGACCUUGCAUCGCUCCUGCAGCUGGUAUCGGAAAAUAAGGUGGAGUUCAACAUCGAUACCUCCCAUCCACAAGCUUGUCGCUCCGCUCUGGAUUGGAAUAGCAAGAAAGCUGAUGACGAUCAGAUCGAGACAAGCGUUUACGUUCGUUUCUUUAAUCUGGCUGAUCAAGCAUCAAGUUCCGGCAUCGUGCAAGAGCCCAUAAAUGCACACAUGGACGUUGACGAAGAUUUAUCCGUGGUUCAUGGUGUAACUGUCGAUGGUUCACCGGCUUGCUGUCGCAAGAACAUCCUUGGAGCAGUUGUUAAUUGUUCCGGGUGUUUAGAUGAACUAUGGAGAACUCAUAGCGCUAAUUUCAGUGCGAACGAGCUUAACACGGCGCAGCUGAUUCUGUGGCUUGUUGGUCAAGCUGGCGCGAAAGGAUUGUCGAAACAAGAUCUGAUUCUGAACGCAAAGAUGAUUCCUGAAGAACUUUUAUCGGUGGUUUCCAAAAUGACCGAGGACUCUUUCUUGCACUGGGUUGGAUACAAUGAUACGCUUCUUGUGUCCUCAGCACAUGCAGCAUCGUGGACGGUCGCGCUAUCCGACUCACCAUUAAUCAGAGUUUUUCCUCGUCGCUGGCUAGAUAUCUUUGGCAAGAAGGUGAUUGACGUUUGGGAGGCUGCACUACGCGCAGUCAUCGGAGCUAUCGUGUUUCGGCCUGGAAUUUCACAGUCGGAACUUCGAUGGCGCUUGAAACCUGUGUACGACAAGCAAGAGGUGAUGGAGCUGCUAAGAUGGCUCUUGGAAGAGAAUUUCGUCAAAAAUCGCACCGUCUGCGUGGCCUCCGUAUCUAGGGCCGUCGAACCUCUCGCCAUCUCUACCCUCGAUGAAGAUGAAGAAAAACGCGUGUUCUGGUUUCUAAAUGAGGCAAAGCACUGGUAUUUAGUUUGAAUUAUUGUAUAUAUGUGUGUAGUGGCUGCUGUAUUCUUCCGUAAAAAAUGUGGAGGACAUCCACAGUAGAGAAAAAAGCCUAGAGUCAGAGGGCUGCUCCGGCUCCAAUUUUUCACCAUAUGAGAAAUCAGAGUCAAAUUUUGGUGAGACUCGAACCAGUCAGAUUGAAUCCUGCAGGCUGAAAAUUAGUGCAG